GUGAUGACGCGACCUUGGUGCGCCGGGCGGUGGGAUGAAGCGUGUGGGCUGUGUCUGUCUGAGGGUUGCAGACACAGUGACCGAUUGGAUAAGGUUUUAACAGAAGAAAAUGCAAAUAGCUACAAAAACAGAAGAUGGGGGAUAGGUUUGGAAAAGCCUUGGAUGUUUCAAAACAACAAAACAGUAUUGAAGAAAUAGUGUUAACACUGGAACAUUACAGCUGCUUACAUUUAUGUUUUCUUUACAUUGUUAAACAGUAAUUUCCUUGUUCUGCUAUGAAUGAAAAUACAGAAUUGGCUCUUGACCCCAAUAAAGAUGACCUUCCUCUUAUGGCAAAUGUUGGCUCCAUGUUAGUCAGGCACUAUGUGCUGGAUCUUACAGUGAACUUUGACAGAAAAGUCAUCAGUGGUACCAUUGUUCUUUAUCUAGAAACCAGCAAAACAUACAAAAAAAAAUCUGAUUCUAUGGGAACGGGUUGUUGUCCUUACACUCAGACGUUAUUUGAAACUGAGCAACCUGGAUCUUCAUGCAAUUCCACUGCAAGUGUUGCUGCUUCUGCAUCUGUGGAUAAGAUGUGCAACCUAUCCAUGCAUAGUGGUGGCGGUGUUGCUGAUGUUAGCAGUUGUAACCAUAGCAACGCAGAGUGGACUGGUGUGAUUUCUGGUAUAAGGGAACAGUGUAGUAAUGAGGAAGAUUUUGUCUUGGUGCUGGAUUGUUGUGAUCUUGUGGUGAAUAAGGUAGAAGAAGUGAAUGUCAUUGCUACACCAGGAAUUGAGAAACUGAUCAGAAUGGACAUGCCCAUGUCAGAAAAUAAUGUUUAUUCUCAGCGACUGCAGAGUAGCAUUGUGGAUGCUAUUCUUGGUUUAGGAGCAGAAUGCUGGCAGGAACAACAUUGUUACUACCUCGACUGCAGUAAAGCACCUGGAUGUGGAGAACUGCAGUUCCAGACUGACAGAUGGAGCUUGCAAAUAAAGAAACUAGGGAUACAAACUCCUAAAGACUUCCCACGUGUAUUGCGAAUCUACUAUGAAACAAAGCCGGAGGGUGGUUCAGUGAGGUGGACUAAGGACCAAAGUGGCAGGCCAUGUGUGUAUACAUCAGGAUCUCCAAUCAACAACAGAGCAUUAUUUCCUUGUCAAGAGCCCCCAGAAGCAAUGGCAAAAUGGCAAGCCUCCGUUUGGGCCCCAAAAGGGUCUUUGGUUCUAAUGAGUGGUGAAAAUUGCGCUGAACCCAAAUGUAAUGGAGCACUCACAAAUUGGUUUUAUUAUGUGACCAUGCAUAUGCCAGCAUCUACUUUUACCAUUGCAGUUGGAUACUGGGUUGAAGUUAUAGCUGAAUGCAGCUUUAGAUCCCAGAUACUUAAGUCAUCAUCUUCAACCUCAGACUAUACAAAUAAAAGCAGUGUUUCCCUGCCAUUCUGUGGUCAUCCAGCUUAUCCUUGCCGUUUUCAAAAUCAUAUUGCUCAAGCCCAGAACUGUAUUCCUUACCGUGUCUUUGCACCUGAAUACCUGAAAGUAAGGAGCCAAGAAGUUCUACUCCCACUCAUGGCACAGUGCCUUUCAGCAGCUCAUUGUGUUCUGGGCACUCACCCUUUCUUCAGGGUUGAUGUGUUGAUAGUCCCUGCUAACUUUUCUAGUCUGGGAAUGGCUAGUCCACACAUCAUCUACCUAUCGCAGUCUGUAUUGUCUGGAAAAAAUAACCUCUGUGGAGUACGACUGUGCCAUGAAAUAGCUCAUGCCUGGUUUGGAUUGGCCAUUGGUGCUCGUGAUUGGACUGAAGAGUGGAUAAGUGAAGGUUUUGCCACUUAUUUAGAGGAUGUGUUUUGGGCGAAGGCACAAAAGCUCUCAGAGGAAGCAGCAAAAGAACAGCAUCAACUGAAGUCCCUGCUUCGAUGGCGAAGGCUCCAAGAUGAGAUUCAAAACUCUGAAGAAGAAUUGCAAGUGCUGAGACCUAACAAACAGAACACUUGUGCAGUGAGUGACUCUGGGUCAACAAUUGUCAAACAUGGUCUAAAUGCAGGAAAAAAUUUCAUGCAAGUCCAUUAUCUAAAGGGUUAUUUUGUCCUUCAUUAUCUUGAGAACAGAGUUGGACAAAAACAAUUUCUGAAGUUUUUCAGGUUAUUUGUGGAGAGAUUUCAUGGACAACUGAUACUUUCUCAGGAUUUCCUAUACAUGUUUAUGGAGAACUUUUCAGAACUUCGAAGUCAGGGAUUGUCCAUGGAAGUUAUUUUUCAAAACUGGCUGGACGUAGCUGGAAUGCCAAAGCCUCUUUUGGAUGAAACACUGAAGUGGACAGAGAACCGACUGGUCUGUGAAGUGCAGAGUGAGGUCACAAAAUGGAUCAAGAUCAAUAAAAAAGACCAAGACUCCCGUAAGAGAAAACGGAGCCAGAAGUAUGAGAUGAAAUUCAAAGAACUUUUGCCAGACCAGCUGGUAUUGCUCCUAGAAUUGCUGUUAGAAGUAAAAUCCUUCUCCUCCCGAACGCUGCAGUUGCUACAGAAGCAUUAUUGCCUCAGGGAGCAGGAUGCAGAGGUCCGUCAUCGUUGGUAUGAGCUGGUCAUUAAACAUAAACACACAGUUGCAUACAGGGACUUGAUAAAGUUCUUGGAGAAGGAUCAGGCAAUGGGCGCGUAUCUCUAUGGGGAGUUGAUGGUUAAUGAAGAUGCCAAACAACAACAACUGGUUCACAGGUGCUUCACCAAGCUUCAAGAAGAGAUGGACCCAUCCUUAAGGAAAGUGGUAGCUAAAAUGAUACUCUAACCAAGUGAGAACCAGAGGGUAAUGCCACAAAGGUAUUCAAGCAUACCUUGGGUGAAAGAUUUGAAGGAAAGGGAAAUCUAAAAGUCGUACUGUUGUACAGAUUUAGGAAUAUACAAUUUGUUGCUUUACUGUAAUUCAUUCUAAACUUAAAACAGUAGCAUCCGUCAUUUUAGUUUUUAAACCUGAAUAAAUUACAAUAUCAUGAUCAACACAUGACCUGCUGAGCUUUUCCAGCAACUUCCGUUUUUGUUCCCGAUUUACAGCAUCUGCAGUUCUCUCGGUUUUACAAUAGCAUAAUUCUAUGUCUAUAUAUGAAUAAUAAUAGAUUGAGAAUGAGCAAACUGUACUUUAAAAUCGUAGUGUCACUAUGCUGUGCCAGUUGGUUUUAUCAUCUUUAACAGAACUCAAAGCCAGGUGGUUGGGUGCCAAAGAGCCCUUGCAGGGCCAAAAUAAUGAGUUGAGUUCUAAUAUUUUCUUUGCUAAUGAACAUUAAUUGAAACCUUAAUAACUAAUGUUUCAUAUUAAGUUAAUAACUGGACAGAAAUAUCCGGCUUAAAUGUUUUUGCACAGUACACUCAAGCUUUGUUUCAAUUAUCCUUAGAUAAUGACUCAAAUGCAAGUUUGCAGUUGCAUCAAAUUUUGUCUUCUUUUCUGAAAUAAUUUUGGAAUUAUUAGAACACAGAGCAUUAUAGAACAGGAACAAGCCCUUCAGCCCACCAUAUCUUUGCCGACCAUGAUGCUAUUCUAAACUAAUCUGCCUGCAUAUGAUAUGUAUCUCCCUCUUUUCUACCUGUUGUGUGUCUGCCUAAAUGCCUCUUCAAUUUUGCUACCGUUUCUGCUUGUAUCCCCUGGCAGUUCAUUCCAGACACCUACUACCCUGUGUGCAAGAAAAAACAACCUUCCUCUCACAUCUCCUUUAAACAUUCCUACUGUCACCUUAAAUUUAUGCCCCCAGUAUUUGACAUUUCCACCCUGGGAAAGAGACUCUGAUGAUUUACCCUAUCUGUCCCUCUCGUAAUUUUACGAAGUUCUAUCAGUUGACACCACUGCAGCGCUCGCGCGCACGCGUGCCCUCCGAGCUCCUGACAUUUUCAGUUUGUCCAAUCUGCACUUGUAGCUAAUACACCCCAAUCCAGGCACCAUCCUGGUUAACCUCUUCCCCACUUUCUCCAAAACCUCUCUAAUAAUUCCUAUAGAGCGGUGACCAGAACUGGGCACAGUACUCCAAAUGCCAUACAUAGUUUUACAUAGUUGCGACAUGACUUUUAUGGUCAAGCUUAUUGUGUGUUGUUGAAACUGCAUUCAUUUAGACAAGCAGAGAGUAUUUCAUUACACUCCUGACCUGUGCCUUCUGGAUGGUAGAUAGAAUUUGAGGAAACUGGAUAUAUGCUGCAUGCUGAAAGAUUCCUCGCCUCUGAGCUAUCCUCAUAAGCUCAUCCAAUUCAGCUUCUGAUCAACGCUAACUCCCAGAAUGUUGUUGGUAAAGGAAACAGCAAUGUUAAUGCUAUUGAAUGUCAAUUGUUAAUAGCUAAAUACCCUCUUGUCGACGAUGGUCAACACCUGACACUUAGAUUCUUCCAGUGUUACUUGGUACUGUCCAGGUCUUGCUGCAUUUGGCUAUGGAGUGCUUCAGUGUCUGAGCAGUUGUGAAGCAGCUGAAGAUACGAAGGCCUCAGAAACUUGUGAUGUGCUGGAGCUGAGAUGAUUAACCAACAACCACAACUAUCUUCCUUUGUACCAGGCUUAACCAGAACUGAAAAUCAUGUCCGACUACGAGUCUUAGCACUGGAAACUCACUACCAGCAAUUUCUACUGCACGUAUUUCUUUCUGUUGCAAGUCUUAACAGCUAUCAGUGUGAGAAGAUUUUUUUCCCCCACUCUUAUGAGUUCUGUUUGAAGACUGUGCUUUUGGACUGCAUGCUGAUGUCUCUGCAGACAUUUAAAACUUAAUUAUUAUUGCAUAUUGCCUUCCAGCAUUAUUUUUGAGUUAACUUUACAUUUAAAUGUUUCAAAUCAAAUUCAGUAAUAUGUUAUGCAAAAUUGACAGUUACAAUUGAUUCAUCUAUGACCGAGGACUAAUUUAAGUAAAACAGACUACAGAUGAAAACACACCUCAAAUAUUCUGGGUUGUUCAGUAAUGUGUAAAAUAUAGAUAUCUUACUGUUUGUUUAGUCUCUUAAUAUAAGAUCGUCAAUUUUGUGCUGUGUUUCAUCCUUUUAGACAAUUAUACAGCACACUGUGUUUUACUAUGGACCUAAGUUAGCUAAAUGUGUUGCUUUUUUAACCUGGUCGGUUACACUUUACCUCAAGAUUUUGGAUCCCCUUUAUGUAUUAACCAGUUUUUGUUUAAGUUAUAGAUCACAGUAACAUGUAUUUGACAGUAUCUAUUAAAGACAUAGCUGGAGAGUUAAAAA